AUGAGAAGUGUGGCAGAAACUAUCAAUUUUGAAGGAGAAAUAUGGAAGAAUGUUAAGGUUCUGCGGAUAGACGAAAUUGGAAGAAUCGACCCUUACAAAUUGAUAGGCUUGACAAACCUGGAGGAGCUAACAUUAAUUAGCAAUAAUGUCGAAAUUGACAAAGGAUCAUUUGCCGGUCUUGAUAAUCUAAAGUUACUGUGUAUUAAAGGAGUAACUAUACUCAGUCCUUACGCAUUUUCAAGCCUUACAACUCUUGAGGAACUGUAUCUCUUAAGCAAUCAACCUAUGGUAAUACACAAAGACUCCUUUGCAGGAUUUCACCAUUUGAAAUCAUCACUCGUCGAUGAGCUGAAGAGAAUUCAUCCUUCUAUUCUGACAAAACUGUCAAUUCUACAUGGAAUGAUUCCAGGUGGUUCUCGUUCUAUAGGAAUACACUUAUAUAAUGGAUCUUUUACAGGACUCAAUCGUUUAAAGGUUCUGGAAAUUUAUGAACUAAGAGAAAUCAAACCUAAUGCUUUUUCGGGCUUGUCAAAUCUUGAGCAACUUAAGUUACAUGAAAUGCCUAUCGUUAAAUUAUACAACGGUUCAUUUGAAGGACUUGGACGAUUAAAGUCUUUGGCAAUAAACAACAUUUAUAGUAUCCAUUCUGAUGCAUUUGCAAAUCUUAAAAACCUGCAGCAAAUGAAUUUAAGUGUUUUUAGUAGUUUUGAAAUACACAACGAAACUUUUGUAGGAUUGGAUCAUCUUAAUUCAUUGCAAAUGGAUGGACUCAACAAAAUCCCACCAUAUUUUUUUUUAGGCCUUCAAAAUCUUAGACAGCUGACUAUAAUUGUUAAACAGUCUAUGCUUCUAUUUGACAAUUCUUUUACAUAUCUUGAUAACCUUAAAGAUCUACAUUUCUCUGCAAGUUACUCUGGAAGUAUUUUAGCAGAAGACAUAGCCACCGCGUUACCUACCUCUGACAAAACAAUACUACCAACUCUGGAGGCAUUUUCUCUAACAAAUUUGACUUUAAUGGGUACUAGUUACAGUUUUGAAGGAUACGAAUCUUUGAAGAAAACAAGAAUAUUUCUGGACGCGUUAUUCUCAAAGCCUCUGACAUCUUUGAAUUUACACCAAAUAAAUGUUCCUAAGUAUUUUCUUGUGGAUGCGCUUUGCUAUGCCGGGAGAACAAAUGAUCAUUUGAAAGCAUUUAAUUCAGUACGCUCUAUAAAUGUAAAUAUGCAUGUCGUUCAUAUUGAAAAUAUUAAUGACAAUUCCCCAUUUCCAUUUUCUGGAACAAACAUAGCGUUUAAAUUACAAAGGACAGCAACUACUUUGCAGUUAGAGUUACCUUUAGUUGUUUCAUCCUCAGGUGUGCUCAAUGUUACUGGUAUAUACACGACCUACAAAGAAGUUGACAUUAAAAAUCUAACUGUUAAUUUACGUACACAUUGUAAAGGUCAUUGUAUCAUUACAAAUAUUAUCAUAAGAAACCUGGGUUUAAGGUAUUUAGAUGCUAUAUUUCUAUGCAAUGAAUCAAUGUUGGAAAAACUAGAUUUAUCGUCAAACGUUAUCGAAUUCUUUCAUCCGAAGUUGUGCACUUGUUGUUCUCAUCUGUUGGAGAUGAAUCUGUGUAAUAAUCAACUGUUUAAAAUGGCAGCUCGAAAUGGCUCUUUGUUUGAACAGCUGAUCACGUUUUAUGAAAAUCUUGAGACACUUCACCUGUCUUCGAAUCAACUGUCUUCCAUUCCUAGAGAAAUGUUUACAUCCAAUAAGCGGUUGAAAUUUAUUGAUUUAUCCACUAACCUCCUUGUGGAUAUAAGUUUUAAGAUAAGACAUUUAGUGAAUCUGAAAGUACUUAAUUUACAGAACAACAGAAUUGCGAUAUUGGAUCAAGAGUCAUUUGUAAAUCUAAAAUCUCUGACUGCAAAAAACAAGUUUGUAGUUUUCAGUUUAGAUGAUAACCCGUUCACAUGUUCAACCUGUGAUAACUUAGCUUCAGUGAAAUGGCUUGCGACGGCACCAAGCAUUGACCGUUUUGGACGUACGUUUGUAUGCACAUCUCCUCGAGGCAAUAUUAUACCCUUUGAUAGAAAUGCUGUAAAUCAGCUCCAAGAAGAGUGUGACAAGCAGACGUGGAUACGAAAUAUAGUUAUCUUGUCAACCUUGAUACCUUUAACCAUUGCUGCACUGACUGCUAUCUCAGUUCGUGUCUACUUGAAAUACAGACAGAGAAAACUCAAAUGGAAAAAUAUGCAAAAUAGUAUCGAACUCAUUCGGCUUGAUCAGCUUAAGACAAAAUUUUUAGUUUUUCUUUCGUACAGUAGUAACGAUUGCAAUUUUGCGAAAGAGUACGUAUAUGAUCCCUUAAACUUACACCUACAACAAAAGAUUGGAAUUGAAAGAGGAAUGGUUUGUCUCGGGGACAGACAUUUUCAGUUAGGAAAACCAAUAAAUGAUGAAAUGGUUUUAUGUCUUCAGCAGUCAGCAGUUGUUCUUCUACUUUUGUCGCGUAAUUUCUGUGACAGUGAAUACUGCCGUAUGGAAUUUGACCACGCCCUCCGUAUGAAUAAGCCUAUUAUCCUAAUGGUGAAAGAUGAAGUAAAUGUAAAUGAAAUGGUUCCCAGCCUACAAGAACUAUAUAAGGUAAAUACUCGACUGCUGUGGGAGAGGAACGGUGAUAUUUAUGAGAUAAAAACUUCCUGGGAUAAUGUGUGCGAUUCGAUUUUAGAACUAGUCCCGUGGAAGAAUGAAUAA